AUGGAGCGGAACUCACUUGAAGGCAAAGUCAUCGCCGUCACGGGAGGUGCUUCGGGUAUUGGACUUGGUAUUGUACACAAGUUGAUUCUCCUCAAAGCCAAAAUUGCCGUCGCCGACGUCAGCCCCCAACCAGAAGAAUUAAAGGGCAUCCCGGACCUCAUCUACUCCAAUGUCGAUGUCUCCUCUCGAGAACAGGUACAUGCCUGGGUAGCAGAGAUUGUGAAUAAGUUUGGCAGGCUGGACGGGAUGUGUGCGAAUGCUGGAAUAUGCCCUUACGAAGGGGGCAUUGUCAGUGACGAGUUGUACCAAAAGAUUUUUGCCGUCUGCGUGACCGGCGUCUGGAACUGUGGGACGGAAGCAUAUUGGCAGUUCAAGAAGCAAGGCAGUGGAGGCGCAAUCGUCAACACGUCCAGCGGCGCAGGUCUGCGGGCUGUCAAAGGUCUUGCCGUGUACAGCGCGGCAAAGCACGCCGUCAUUGGUCUGACUCGAACAUGGGCGUUGGACUGGGCAUUGGAAGGCAUCCGUGUGAAUUCCCUGGCACCUGGGCUUACGGAAUCUGGCAUGCAGCGAGCAACAUUUGAGCAGUUCCCAGAUGUCGCACAGAGACUGGGUACCGCCACACCAAUGGGGAGAAUGGGCAAACCUCACGAGCUAGCUGAUAGUGUCAUUUUCCUUCUUGGAGACAGUGCAUCGUACGUGACAGGGCAUGUUCUCAGCUGCGAUGGAGGAAGCAUGAGCGGAGCAUAA